UAUCUGUAACGAGCGAAGUUGAGAGAGAGAGAGAGAGAGAGGAAGAGCUCGUUUGGCGUUGCUCAACCACUCGAUGGAUCCACACCUACCACUCUUCUUCUUCUUCUCCCCCUUUUAAACCCUAAAGAUCUUCUCUCUACAUCACCCACAGGCUCCAUCAUGGCCUUGUUCUUCUCUCCUCUAACCUCCGCUCUUCUCUUCCUCACCCUCUCCCUCGCCCUCUACUGCUCCAUCGACCCCUUCCACCACUGCGCCAUCUCCGACUUCCCAAACUUCGUAGCUCACGAGGUUGUCUCUCCACGUCCCGAUCAAGUUCCGUGGGAGAGAGACUCACAGAACUCUCUCCAGGGGUCCAAGAUUCUGUUCCAGGACCAAGUCCAGGGUCCCGAGAGCGUCGCCUUUGAUCCUCUAGGACGCGGUCCCUACACCGGUGUUGCUGACGGUAGGGUUUUGUUCUGGAAUGGCGAGAACUGGACUAACUUCGCUUACACGUCAAGCAAUCGAACGGAGAUUUGUGAUCCGAAGCCUUCUGCUCUGAGUUACUUGAGGAAUGAGCAUAUAUGUGGGCGCCCUCUGGGUCUCCGUUUCGAUAAGAGAACCGGAGAUUUGUACAUCGCCGACGCUUAUAUGGGACUGUUGAAAGUAGGUCCUGAAGGUGGCUUAGCGAUGCCGCUUGUUACUGAGGCUGAAGGUGUGCCGUUGGGGUUUACUAACGACCUUGACAUUGAUGAUGAUGGCACUGUUUACUUUACUGAUAGCAGCGUCAGUUACCAGAGAAGGAACUUUUUGCAGCUCGUCUUCUCUGGAGACAACACUGGGAGAGUUCUUAAGUAUGAUCCAAUAGCUAAGAAAGCUGUUGUUCUAGUCUCAAAUGUUCAGUUUCCGAACGGUGUGUCUAUCAGCAAAGACGGCUCUUUCUUUGUUUUCUGCGAGGGUGAUAUUGGAAGCCUGCGAAGAUACUGGUUAAAAGGAGAGAAAGCUGGAACAUCAGAUGUGUUUGCCAUGUUACCAGGGCAUCCUGACAACGUAAGGAUAAACAAAGACGGUGAAUUUUGGGUGGCGCUUCACUGCAGGCGCAACUACUACUCUUACAUAAUGGCAAGAAACCCUAAGCUAAGGAUGUUCAUACUGAGACUCCCAAUCACUGCAAGAAUACACUACAUGUUCCAAAUCGGGAUGAAGCCGCACGGAUUGGUGGUGAAGUAUAGCCCUGAAGGGAAGCUUGUGAAGGUGUUGGAAGAUAGUGAAGGGAAAGUUGUGAGAUCAGUGAGUGAAGUAGAAGAAAAAGAUGGGAAGCUUUGGUUGGGGAGUGUGUUGAUGAAUUUUGUUGCCGUCUAUGAUCUUUGAUUCCCUUAGAACAGUUUCACUGGGGUGUCUAAGUUUAGCACAUCCACAGAACAAGAGUUAGGCUUGUACGUCUGAAGAAGUAUAAAGGCAAGUAGACACAUAUGUUAAGUCGCGAAAAAAUCAAACCUAUAAUCUCUAUUGUGCUAAAUCAAAACAAACUAUUAAGAACAAAA